CGCUCGACACCCAGUUCAAAUGACUCUUCUCGACAUCCUUCAAAGCUCCAAUAUACUUCCUAAUUUUUUCAAUGACCGAGGGUUGUCAUCCGUUGAAUUACAAUAUGCUCGUAUACAAUACGCUACCAAUCUGGAUGCUAUAUGGAGUAACAAAAAAUCAUCAAUAAGCUUCUUGACUGCAUCUUAAUAAUCUUAUUAAGAAUCCACCUUGUACCUAUCAGAGAGAAAAAGUACAAUUCUUGGAGUAAGAAAAACGUAUCAACAAGAUCAAGCUCUGAAUCAAUCACAUCAAGAGAAAUAGAAUGAGAAAUAUUCUUCG